AUGCGGAAGCAAGGAAACCGCUUCCAGCCCCCCAUUGCCGGAUGUCAGGUGACCCCUGACCCUCCGGAGUGGGUACACAACCGCCAGUCCUCCAUCGCUGGCUCUCAGGUGGCCCCUGACUGCCCGGAGCAGGAACACAGCGCCCUGCCCUCUGCCUCCGGGUCUCAGGUGGCCCCUGACCGUCUGGGCCGGAGACCCAGACCCAUGCUCUCCAUCUUCAGCUCUCUGGUGGCCCGUAACCGACGGAGAUGCAGCCCCAUGCCCUCUGCCUCCGGCUUUCAGGAGGCCCCUGACCAACAGGGCCAGAGCAGCAGCCCCAUGCCAUCUUCCUCCAGCUCUCAGGAGGCCCCUGACCCUCCUGACCGUAGCGGCAUCCCCCUGCCCGCCACCUUCAACUGUGAGGUGGCCCCUGAAACCAGCUCUCUGGUUAACCCUGACAGCUGGGCCUGGAGACGGAGACGCAGACCCCUGUCCUCCGUCUCUUACCCUCAGGAGGCCACAGAGCGCGUGGACCCUGACUGCCCCGACCAGAGUGGCAGCCUCCUGCCCUCUGGCUCUCAGGUGGUCCCUGACCGCCCGGGCCACAGCAGCAGUCCCCUUCCCACCAUCUCCAGUUGCGAGGUGGUACCUGAUGGGGAGCAGGGAGGCAGCUCCUUGUCCUCUGCCUCUGAUGCUCAGAUGGCCCUUGACUGUUCAAGGCAGAGACGCAGAACCCUGCAUCGUCUCUUCGGCUCUCUGGUGGCCCCUGAUCGCCAGGGCCGGACACCCAGAGCCCUGCCCUCCAACGACGGCUCUCAGGUGGCCCGUGACAUCCCGGAUUUGAGCGGCAGCCCCCUGCCUGUCACCUCUGGCUCUCAGGUGGCCCCUGACUGCCCAGUCCGCAGCAGCAGUCCCCUGCCCACUGCCUCCGGCUCUCAGGUGGCCCCUGACCACCAGGGCCGGAGACACAGAGCCCUCCCCUCCAGCUCCGGCUCUCAGGUGGCCCGUGACUGCCCAGACUGGAGCGGCAGCCCUCUGCCUUCCACCUCUAGGUAUGCAGCUCCCUGCCCUCUGCCUCUGGCUUUCUGGUGGCCCCGGACCGACGGAGAUGCAGACGGAGACCAGAGCGGCAGCCUCCUGCCCUCUGCGUCUUGCUUUCAGGUGGCCUCUGACUGCCCGGACCGUAGCGGAAGCCCCCUGCCGUCUUCCUCCAGCUCUCUGGUGGCCUCUGACCGCCCGGGCCAGAGAUGCAGCCCCCUUACCUCCGGCUGCCCAGGAACCCCCAGCUGGCCGGUGCAGCGGGUCACCCAUCCGCCUCCGGCUUUUGGCUCUUCUCCUCCGGCUGUUAAGGGACCCCCGACUGGCCAGAGCGGAGGGCCAUCCUGCCGCUCUCCAUCUCUGGCUUUCGGCCCUCCGCCUCCAGCUUUCGGCCCUCCGCCUCCAGCUUUCGGCCCUCCGCCUCCAGCUUUUGGUCCUCCGCCAACGGCUGUUCAGGGCCCCCCAACUUGCCGGAGCGGAGGACCACCCAUCCACCCUCCAGCUUUCGGCCCACCGCCUCCGGGUGUUCAGUGA